CGGGGGGUAUCAUGACCCGGCGGCGGGGCCCCGCAUCUCCACACCCAACGGCAGCUCCAGCAAGCGGCUGAGAACCAGACCCACCGGCGGUAUGGCAUCACAGCUGCAGGUGUUCUCCCCGCCGUCAGUAUCGUCGAGUGCCUUCUGCAGCGCCAAGAAACUGAAAGUCGAGCCCUCUGGCUGGGAUGUUUCAGGGCAGAGCGGCAGCGACAAGUAUUAUACCCAUAGCAAAAACCUCCCAGUCACCCAAGGCCCGGCCAACUCCUCGCACCAAGUAACCAAUUUCAAUCUCCCCGCUUACGACCAGAACCUCCUCCUCCCGGCUCCGGCAGUGGAGCACAUCGUGGUCACGGCCGCCGACAGCACCGGCAGUGCCGCGACCUCGUCGUUCCAGAGCAGUCAGACCCUAACCCACAGAAGCAACGUUUCUCUGCUGGAGCCGUACCAAAAAUGUGGCCUGAAAAGGAAAAGUGAAGAGGUGGACAGCAACGGUAGCGUGCAGAUCAUAGAAGAACAUCCCCCUCUCAUGCUGCAAAACAGGACUGUGGUGGGAGCUGCUGCCGCCACUACCACCACCGUGACCACAAAGAGCAGCAGCUCCAGUGGGGAAGGGGACUAUCAGCUGGUCCAGCACGAGCUCCUCUGUUCCAUGACCAACAGCUACGAGGUCUUAGAGUUCCUGGGCCGGGGCACGUUUGGACAGGUGGCGAAGUGCUGGAAGCGCAGCACGAAGGAGAUCGUGGCGAUUAAGAUCCUGAAAAACCACCCUUCUUAUGCCAGGCAGGGGCAGAUCGAAGUGAGCAUCCUCUCCCGCCUGAGCAGCGAGAAUGCCGACGAGUAUAACUUUGUCCGUUCCUACGAGUGCUUCCAGCACAAGAACCACACCUGCCUCGUGUUCGAGAUGCUAGAGCAGAACCUGUACGAUUUCCUCAAGCAAAACAAAUUCAGCCCCCUGCCGCUCAAGUACAUCAGACCGAUCCUGCAGCAAGUGGCCACCGCGCUGAUGAAACUCAAGAGCCUCGGCCUGAUCCACGCCGACCUGAAGCCGGAAAACAUCAUGUUGGUGGAUCCGGUUCGCCAGCCCUACCGAGUGAAAGUCAUAGAUUUCGGUUCGGCCAGCCACGUGUCCAAAGCUGUGUGCUCAACUUACCUCCAGUCGCGCUACUACAGGGCUCCUGAAAUAAUUCUUGGAUUGCCAUUUUGUGAAGCCAUUGAUAUGUGGUCGCUGGGCUGCGUAAUCGCUGAGCUGUUCCUCGGGUGGCCUCUUUACCCGGGUGCUUCAGAAUACGAUCAGAUUCGUUACAUUUCGCAAACACAAGGCCUUCCAGCAGAAUAUCUCCUGAGUGCAGGGACGAAAACAACAAGGUUUUUCAACAGAGAACCUAACCUGGGUUACCCGCUGUGGAGGCUAAAGACUCCAGAGGAACAUGAAUUGGAGACAGGAAUAAAAUCAAAAGAAGCACGAAAAUACAUCUUUAAUUGUUUAGAUGACAUGGCCCAGGUGAAUAUGUCCACGGAUUUAGAGGGCACCGACAUGUUGGCAGAGAAGGCGGAUCGUAGAGAAUACAUUGACUUGCUAAAAAAAAUGUUGACGAUUGAUGCAGACAAGAGAAUUACACCGCUGAAAACGCUAAACCAUCCAUUUGUGACAAUGACUCAUCUGUUAGAUUUUCCACACAGCAAUCAUGUGAAGUCUUGUUUUCAGAACAUGGAGAUCUGUAAGAGAAGGGUCCAUAUGUAUGAUACUGUGAAUCAGAUAAAGAGCCCAUUCACUACACAUGUUGCGCCGAAUACAAGCACAAACUUAACAAUGAGCUUCAACAACCAGCUCAACACAGUACACAAUCAGGCCAGUGUUUUAGCUUCUAGUUCUUCUGCAGCAGCUGCUACACUUUCUCUGGCGAAUUCAGAUGUCUCGCUACUCAACUACCAGUCGGCUCUCUAUCCAACAUCUGCGGCACCCGUCACUGGAGUUACUCAACAGAGUGUUUCCUUGCAGCCUGGAACCACCCAGAUCUGCACUCAGACAGAUCCAUUCCAACAGACAUUCAUUGUGUGUCCACCCACUUUCCAAACUGGACUCCAGGCAACUACGAAGCAUUCUGGGUUCCCGGUGAGGAUGGAUAAUGCCGUUCCUAUUGUACCCCAGGCACCUACGGCCCAGCCUCUACAGAUCCAAUCGGGAGUCCUCACCCAGGGAAGCUGUACACCACUAAUGGUAGCAACUCUCCAUCCUCAAGUAGCCACCAUCACACCGCAGUAUGCGGUGCCCUUUACUCUGAACUGCGCAGCCGGCCGGCCGGCGCUGGUUGAACAGACUGCCGCUGUACUGCAGGCCUGGCCUGGAGGAACCCAGCAAAUUUUGCUGCCUUCAGCUUGGCAACAGCUCCCUGGAGUGGCCCUGCACAACUCCGUGCAACCCACAGCGGUGAUUCCGGAGACGAUGGGAAGCAGUCAACAGCUGGCGGACUGGAGGAAUGCCCACUCCCACAGCAACCAGUACGGAACCAUCAUGCAGCAGCCCUCCUUGCUGACCAAUCACGUGACUCUGGCCGCCGCUCAGCCCCUGAAUGUCGGCGUGGCUCAUGUUGUUCGGCAGCAGCAAACCAGCGCUCUUCCCUCAAAGAAAAGCAAGCAGCCUGCUCCAAACUCUGCCAAAGCCACCUCCACGUUGGACAUCCUCCCUUCCCAAGUGUAUUCACUGGUUGGGAGCAGCCCCCUCCGUACCUCUUCGACCUACAACCCCCUCCUCCCCGUCCAAGACCAGCACCAGCCCAUCGUCAUCCCCGAUACUCCCAGCCCCCCAGUCAGCGUCAUCACCAUCCGCAGCGACACCGACGAAGAGGAAGACAGCAAGUACAAACCGAACAGCUCCAGCUUGAAACCACGGUCCAACGUCAUCAGCUAUGUCACCGUCAAUGACUCGCCAGAUUCCGACUCCUCCUUGAGCAGCCCGUACUCCACAGACACGAUGGCAGCUCUGCGGGUCAACGCCGGGGGGUUGCUGGAAGUUCCUAGCCGUGUUCUGACGGAUGGCGCUGGCACUCGCACUAUCAUCGUGCCACCCCUCAAAACCCAGCUCAGCGACUGCACUGUGGGGACCCAGGUUUCAGGCCUCCUGACCAGCAAGACCAAGCCAGUGGCUUCAGUGAGCGGGCAGACAUCCGGAUGCUGCAUCACCCCCACGGGGUACCGAUCCCAGCGAGGGGUGACAAAUGGCGUGCAGCCCCUCAACCUCAGCCAGAACCAGCAGCAAGCGGUGUCGGUCCCGCAGGAGAGAAGCGGCAACUCUGCCUCUCGCCGGCAGCAAGCUUACGUGGCCCCGCUCACCUCCACCCUCUCUCAGGCUCCCUAUACCUUCCAGCACAGCAGCCCACUGCACUCGACCGUGCACCCCCACCUGGCUACCGCCUCGGCCUCCGCUCACCUGCCAAGCCAGCCGCACGUCUACACCUACGCGGCCCCGACGACGGCCGCGGCGCUGGGCUCCACCAGUUCCAUCGCCCACCUGUUCUCCCCUCAGGGUUCGUCGAGGCACACGGCCUAUCCUAGCACUCUGGUCCACCAGGUCCCCGUGAGUGUGGGUCCCAGUCUGCUCACCUCUGCCAGCGUGGCCCCAGCCCAGUACCAGCACCAGUUUGCCACCCAGUCUUACAUCGGGGCUUCCCGGGGCUCGACGAUUUACACUGGAUACCCGCUGAGCCCAACCAAGAUUAACCAGUACUCCUACUUGUAGGAGGUGGGAUCGGGCGGGCGUUGCUCAGAGCCAUCGGUGGCUGGCGGCCAACUCCUGGCCAGCCAUCGCUCCUCCGGGAAGCCAGCUGAAGUGGAAGGAAAGAAGGUCUUCCAGGGGGAACCAAUCUUAACGUUGACUGCAUUGUUGUAGUCUCCCAAAGUCUGUUCUGUUUUUUAUUUUUCUGUUUUUUUGAUAGUCUUUAUGCAGAUCGAGCAGUUCAGAUACACACACACACACACACAACCAUCCACCCCUAAGGAGCCAGUCUCUUCAGUAACCAGUAAAGCUUCCAUUUUCGGAUUGCCCAUCAAAAACUAUUUUAACAUUCUGCCUUCUUAUUUCUGUAGGUGUUUUUAAGUAGAGGCAAGAGCUCUGCUUUAAUGCUGUUUUAAUUGUUACAACUGGUUGGAAUAAAGAUGCCAGUGCAGAGUACUUUAAAACUAAGAGUAUGGGGAUGAAGAAGAAAAGUAAUUUUUGGUAGGUAACAAAUGCUUAUUCACCAGGAAGUUCUAGCAACAGCUUGCACUAGUCUAUGUUACUAGCAGGCAUUUUCACUUAAGAUAUAAUGUAUGUUUAUCUUUGUUUAUGGGACAUUUUAAACUUUUAGAUUUUUUUGGUUUUGCACCCCAGAUUAUUCGUACUGGCCGGUGGCUAUUUCUUUAGAACUAGUUCUGUAUCGUUUUGAGUUGCUGCUGGAAUUCUCGCUCUUGGUUAUCUCUGUGCUUCAUUUAAAGCCAUUUUUAAAGGGCAGUUCACCUUCUGCCGCUCAUCGGUGAUCUGAGAAUCUACUGAAACUGAAAAUUCCAAAUGCUCUCAAAUUAUUUUUAAGACGUCUGUCCCUGUGAUUCAGCUAAACUCUUUAUCACUGCAGAAGCCAUUAAAUUAAGGUGGUUUUCAUUCUUUUCCAGUUAUAUGCACGAUUGCUUUGGUUACGUGAUACUGGCAUAUAUGUUUGGCCCUUCUAAACUGUGAGCCCGUUGUUGGGUAGGGACCGUCUUUAUGUGUUACCGAUUUGUACUUCCCAAGCGCUUAAUACAGUGCCCUGCACAAAGUAAGCGCUUAAUAAAUACGAUUGAAUGAAUGAAUAUAUGUCUGAUUUGCUAAAGCUUGUGCUUUCAGCCGAGUGGGAGCAGAGCUGCACAAGUAGUUUUAAGUUUUCAUUUGACACCAGACCUCUCAAAGGGCAGAAUUUCUUUAUUAAGCAGAAGGCUUUCACCUCUGCCCCCUUCUCCCCGCCCUCCCCCCCCACCCCAAACUCCUCUUUUAUUUUACAUGAUUCACUUGGGGCGGAGUCAAGAAUCUGAAACCAGAUAAAAACCUUGUUGUGAAUAGCUUUUUAUACUUCGGAAAGAUCAGCUUCCUUUGUACUCCAGCAACCAACUGAAUGUUCUCUUAUGACUUAUACAGUAAAUGCAUGUAGGAAUUGCAAAAAAAAAAAAAAAGAAAAAAAGGAAGAGGAAAAAAGAUUUUAAAGUUUAUUACUGAAUUUAAAAUAUUUUAGAAGUUUUGUAAUGGUGGUGUUUUAAUAUUUUACAUAAAUAUGUACAUAUUGAUUAGAAAAAAUAUAACAAGCAAAAAUGUUCCUGCUCACCGAAAUUGUCCUCUGUCUUUGUAAUCAAGAUGUGUAGUGGCUAUACUUGAACAAUGUACUUAGUGUGUGUGUCUAAUCCUCAAGCCCGCCCCUCAUGAAAUUGAUGUACCCAUUGUAUUUAAACCAAAAUGAACUGAUUACAUGUUGGAAUGUGUGUGAACCAGUUGCAGUUGUGUAGAGCACAUCUCACUGUAGCACUGAGAGCAAGCAGUGGAGUCAGUCGCAUGCAAAGAGAGAAGAUCUUCGGGAUUGUUUUGCACAGGUGUGUGUGGUGAGGAAUCGUUUUGUGUUUGUUCCCCCCCAGCCCACAGCCAUCCCCUCUUUCCUCUUAUUGUAGUGCCUUAUAUGAUAAUGUAGUGUUGUUAGAGUUUACAGUGAGCUUGCCUUAGGAUGGACCAGCAAGCCCUUAUUGAAUCUAAGCAGUUCACUGGGCUUCCCAGAACAGGACUAGCAGUUGUGUUGUGUAGAUGCAUUAUUCUCAGUUUCCAAGCUGACGUUAAGAAAAAAUAAAUAAAGUCACAUUCUCCCCUCCCCUUUCUUCCGGGAGCCAUUUCCCAGGGUUUUUCCCCUCAGAUGGCUUGCACACUGUGUUGCGUCACUUCUUCGAGUGUAGAAAACACUUGGGUAGUCAAGUCGAUAUCAGAAGAGUUUUUUUUCCCCCCCAUUUUCUAAAGGUUAUGCAGUCACCGUUGGUCUGAAAUUAUUUUGAGCACGGUGCUCCCUUGCAUUAGUAAGAUGUUUCUUGUAAAACAUUGCUGAUUAAAAAGCAAACAAAACUGAUAUUGUUUAUACCAAAGAGAGCCUGUUGUUUUAGCUCACAAUGUACUCAUACCAUUAGGAGUUUUGUGAGGCCGCUGUUGACAGGGAGCUCACAGAGAGGGGUCUCAGUUGGAGCGAAAGUAUUAAAAGAAGAUUAGGGUUCCCUGGCUCAUGGGGUGAGGGGGGGACCUAGUGGCUUCACGGAACAACUAUGCUUCCUUAGGGAUCGUGCCCUCGACUCCUGUUCGGAUCAAAGUCCAGGUGUAGCAGAGGGAGAGCUGUGGAAAUGGGGAGAAGCAGGAGGCAGUCCGGAACCCAGAAAGGAUUUUCCAGGGGGCAGUGCAGUGGGUUCCAGUGAGUAUUUUUGUCUGAGUUGAAAGUAAUGUAUUUGGGGUAAUAAUUCUGGGACUGUAGAGAUGGUGUGAGGGAGGUGAAAAGUGGAGCUGGGAGACUUCACGAGGCCCGCAUCAGAGAGCUAGGUGCCGGGCCCCAGGCUGAAGAAAUGUCGAGGGGAUUGGAAUCUUUUCAUUAUAAGAGAGUGCGAAUUCCAAAAGGGGGCAGAUAGCCAGCUGGAUAGCCCACAAGAAGUCUGUGUUGCGUGUAUUUUUUUUUAGACAUUACACCGAGCUGUCUUUUGAUGCUAUAAAUGUCAAGACAACCAAGCAGUUCGCAUAGUUUCUGUCACUGGUGUUGCAAUGUCCUUGUUGCUCUGUGUGAUCUUUGUGUCUUCUUGUUGCCAGAUAACAUGCAAAUUUGCCUUCCCAAAUGCAUGGUUUGUUUGUGAUGAACACUUGCUGUUUUACCCUGCAAUGGAUGUUGAUUGUUGUGUACACAGAAAGCAUGAGAUGCAGAAAAAAGAACCCCCCCGCCCCCACCCCGAACCUCUUGGAGGCUUUCGUAAAAAUGUGAAUCCGAUCUCAAAGGAAAAAAAGCAAAAAAGGCUAAGAUCUUUGCAGGCUGCUUACUCACCCAGGCAGGGUUCUAGUGUAAAGUAUUUAAGAAUUCUCCUUGUAAGGCUGUAAAUUAAGUAACAUUGCAGAUUUACCAAAAGCUGCAUACUAAAUGUAUCCACUGAGAGGGACUCUGCUUUAUACUUGUCUUUCGAAAAAAAAAACCAUCAUUGAGGCUCAACGGUGGGAAAACCACACACGUCUAGUCCAGGGUCCUGAGUAUAGAACGGCUCUGUUAUCAGAAGCGACCUGGUGCCAAACCAGCUGAAAAAAAAUAACACAUCUUUUUUCAGAGUUUCUAUUUCCAGCGUCUCUCACUGUGAAGCUUUGAGCAGUGAGAGUACCUCACAGUCCGUGCCAUCUCUGCUCUCCCUGUACAAAGCUUGCGGGCGAAUAAUCCACUCUCCCUCCCCACUGCAGGUGGGGAGGCAGAGGCCACCGUCGGUGGCAUCGAAAGAUCUCUAGCCACAACAGCACCCGACCAUGCACUGAGCCUGGAAAGCAGUUUUUUGUGUGGUGUUUUUUGUUUGUUUUGUUUUUGUGUAUGUGUGUGUGCGUAUGUAAUCCCCGAAAGAGAAGUCCAUUUCAGCUUAGGCCAGAAACGACAUCUGAUUGCUUGGGAUGGCUCUGGAAAUGGACCACCGUACGUUCCACCGCUCGAGAGGCUAGGGAACCGGCCUGUCCGCUGGUGGGGCCCGCUUGCGGAGGCAGUAAUUUACCCCUCCUGCUUAGUGUUACACAAACUUCCUUGUUUGGGUUGGUUUGUUUGAAGAUAGGAAACUCAGUUGCUUCUCAGUGUCAGGAACAGCCCACGCCUGCUUCCUUUUUUGAUUUUUUGAACUGAUGGAUGGUGCCGCAUGUCUACAUGGGUGUUUGUUGCUCAACUUUAUAUAAUGUGUGAUUUCCGAUUCAGCUUGAAAAAUAAUCUCACUACAUGUAGCAGUACAUUAUAUGUACAUUAUAUGUAAUGUUAGUAUUUCUGCUUCGAAUCCUUGGUAUUGCAAUGGAAUUCCUACUUUAUUAAAUGUAUUUGAUAUGCUAGUUAUUGUGUGAGAUUUAAACCUUUUUUUCCUCCCUCUUAUGGUUGUGCUCAUCCUUUUACAAGCCUCUAGAAACAGGUAGUUUCUGAGAAUUACUGAUCUAUGUUUGUAUUGCAGAUGUACUUAGGGGGUAUGUAAAAUAAUCAUUUUAACAAAAGAAAUAUAGAUAUUUAAAAUUUAAUACUAACUAUGGGAAAAGGGUCCAUUGUGAAAACAUAGUUUAUCUUUGGAUUCAAUGUUUGUCUUUGGUUUUACAAAGUAGCUUGUAUUUUCAGUAUUUUCUACAUAAUAUGGUAAAAUGUAGAGCAAUUGCAUUGCAUCAAUAAAAUGGGUUAAUUUUCUGUACUCUAAUCACG